CCCUCGAUGGGGGUCCUGCCUCGGGUGAGUCGGAUGUAGCGGUGUAAGCCUGUCAUCUUCCCCCCUAUGCGGACCGUAUGCCUACCUACCUGCGAUACCUACCCUACCUGCCUGCCUUACCGUCGACAAAAGCCCCAAGCGAGCUCCCCUUCCCGUCUCCCGUCAGCAUCCACCCGCACACCCGCACGCCCACACCAAACCCCCCUCCCCCCGCAACAACAGUAACAACAACAAUGUCCACCGCCAACCCCACCCCCAGCACCCCGCUCUCCGCCGCCGACCUCCUCGAGCUGGCCUCAACAGACGUCUCCACGCCGCUGCCGGCCGCCGCCCUGCGCGCCGCCCUGUCCAGCCCGCCCUUCGUCGCGCUCCCGGACACCUUCAACGCGCGCGACCUGGGCCUGGUGCCGGGCUCGCCGAUCCGCCCGGGGCUGGCCUUCCGCUCGGGCGGCUUCCUGCAGGGCUUGUCGCCGGCGGGAAGCGCGGCGCUGGCCGCGCUGGGCGUGCGCCGCAUCUUCGACCUGCGCUCGGUCGGCGAGCACGCGCGCGCGCCGGACCCGGUCGUCGACGGCGUCGAGGGCGUGUGGGUGCGCCCCGGCGAGCAGGAUGCGGUUGUUAGCUUGGACGAGUUUGUGGAGGGUCACGGGGAAAGGGGGUUCGUGAAUAUGUAUCUGAAUGUGCUCAAGGUGUAUGCCGGCGGGAUUAGGAGGCUGUUGGAGGCGGUGAGGGAUGGGAGGGGGGAGGAGCCGUUUUUGUUUCAUUGUACUGCCGGGCGGGACAGGACCGGCGUCGUGGCCGGCCUGCUGCUGACGCUGGCCGGGGCCAGCCGCGAGACGGUCGCGCUGGACUUCAUCCUGUCGCGCAUCGGCACGGAGCCGGCGCGCGAGCAGCUGCUGGCCUUCGCGCUGCACGGCUCCCGCGCCGCGAGCGUCGAGACGCCGGGCUUCCACAACAUGCUCAGCCUGCGCAUCAGCUGCUGGGAGGCUUUUGUCAAGGCCGUCGAGACCGAGUACGGCGGCUUCGAGGGCUACGUGACCAAGACGCUGGGCUUCUCCGAGGAGGACCUCGCCAAGAUCCGGGACAACCUCGUGCUAAAGAACUGAGGACUGAGAACUUACUGUGCAUGUUAUAGAUACCAUGCUGCGUCGAACAGGGCCUAGAGCAGAGUUAAGUAGAUUUCGUUGCUUCCGUUGAUAGACUUCAACUUUGUUCAUCAUGGCAAACCCCUGAGACUACCCGUAUUAUGCAAAGCUGUGCUGCCUACCUAGUUGCCUCCUGAAUCUGAA